CUUUCUGUCACACACACUCUUUGCUUAUCAAACUCGUCUCAAUCCAGGUCCGGUCUUUAUCGUCCUUCAGUUAACAAGUACAGACAACGUAGCUAACAGAAAGAUAAGCUUAGUUCGAUAGUGUUCAUCACGAUGGAAGACGUUCCAAGCUACGUUCCGGAUAUACUCGAACAUCCGAUCGUGCACUUCAGCCAGCGCUACGAUUGGGACUGUGGGUUAGCGUGCAUUUUAAUGGUAUUGGAUCGUAGACAGCGACAAACAUUCCUAUCACAGUUCCAGCAAAUCUGCGACGAAGGCCAGUUCGGUAAAAGCACAUGGACAAUCGAUUUGUGUUACGUUUUGAAGGAUUUCAAUGUCCCGCACAAAUACCUUACGAAAACAAUCGGUGCGAACCCGAACCACCGGGUAAACGAUUACUACAAAUCCUACACACUGGAUAUGCUAAGGGUAAAUAACAAAUUCCGUUACGCCGAGCAGAACGGGGUGGAUGUGAAGCAGUGCACCGUCAACUAUCGGUUUCUGAUCGACCACCUGGGAACGUACGGUAACGUCAUACUGCUCAUCAGUGCCUCACUGCUGUACUGCGACCUAUGUAAAUUCAACAAGCUGUCUUGCGAGAUACGCUCGUGCCUAAGCAUUACGCCUAGCUACAUGGGCCAUUACAUAGUGCUCUGUGGGUACAAUAAGCGGCUCCAAAAGUUCAUGUACCGCAAUCCAGCCUGCAAAGACAAGGUAUGCUACAUUCCGUAUCAAGCAUUAGACAAAGCGCGUAAAGCGAACGGUACUGAUGAGGACAUCAUCCUACUGUAUGACAAACCAACAUGACAACCUCAAGAACAACCUUCCAUCCGUCGAGCGUAUUUUACAGACAAAUCAAACGUGUUCUAGUCUGCGGCAUACCAGUUGACAUUUGUUUUUUGUUUACAUUUAUUAUCAUCUACUCCAAUAAAUUUUUGUAGAAUUUAAAAAGUUUUUA